UUAUAUAAGCAUCUAGAUCAUGAUAAGCUUGUUCAUAGAAAAUCAUGGAGAUCCUUUAUGAUGAGAAUGCUUCACUUUGAAGCAACCUUGGUUUCAUAAAUCAUAAUUGAUACUUUAUCUGAAAGCAUUCUUAAAAUCAUAGUUCUUUAAUUCAUGAUGCAUGCAUAAUUCUCAAAGCAUAGUUCAUAAAUCAUAAAAUAGGCAUAAUGCAUGGGUUCAUGAGAAAUUUAUCAAAAAAUACGUAUUUAAGAUAAAUCAUGCAUAAUAUGAUCAGUAGAAGUGAAAUAAAUCCUAAUUGAUUGAAUCCAAUGCAAGAUCAUCAAAACCUAGGGUUUAGGUAGAGAUCAUAAAGUGAAAUUUGAAGAUCUUUUGGGACUCCAUGGAUGGAAAAGGAUCCAUGGAUAAAAUUCUUACAUACCUCAAUGAAUUCUAGCCUUGAAACUUGAAGAGGAGACUUGAAUCCUUGAAACCCUAGCUUGCUUGAAGGAGAAGACCUUGAGAGAGAAUUUUCUUGAGAGCUUUAGGGAUUUUGAGUGAAUGAGAGGGAAAAAGGGUAAUGUGAAGGGUAAAAGUAGUUAUAGGUCUUGGGAAUUAGUCCAAAACGACAUAGCUUGGACAUUAAAAGAAUAUUAAAUGACUUAAUUGUCCUUGAAAAUUAAACUAAUGGGCCGGCCUACGGGUGCUUCUACAAAUCGUAGAAGCUUAUACAGCCCAUAGAGAGCCGCCCGUAGAAACCACCCUGAGUUUUCUGAGUUUCUGAUCCAAGUUCCACGGGACCCUUCUACAGCCCGUAGGACUUUAUACGACCUGUACAAAUCAUCCGUAGACCCAAGUACUAAAGAUCCAUGUUUCAGGGGUUCCUUUCUACGACCAACUUCUAUGGUCCGUAGAACGUUCAACGGAUCAUAGACCCUCUCGUCCUGUACAAGUUCAAAAUUCUAAGUCUCUGAAUCUCCAUCUACGGCCACUCUUACGGACCGUAGGACCUUCUACGGACUGUCCUGUUGGUCCGUAGGGAAACUUCUGAACUUGAUAAUUUCCUCAAUCUCAGGGUCCCUUCUACGGACUGUAGGACCUUAUAUGGUCCGUAGAUAGGCUCGUAUAAAAAAUCAGUGGCUAAAAACUUCCCAAGUCUCAAACCCCCUUCCCACGACUGGUUUCUACAGUCUGUACAAAGGGGCCGUAGAACCAGUUGCACCAGCAACUUUUGCACUUCCUUUUCCAACCAAACCUUCCGACUUCCAAGGUGUUACAGUACCAAUGCCAACGGCUAACCUAUUCACUGCCAGCUUUGAAAGGUAAAUUUAUGAAUUUAGUCUGUGCUGAAGUGUCUUAAGAGAGUUCCUUUUUUGUCAUCUCCAGUGCAUAUACAUUUGAAGCAGCUGUCUCCAAUGUUUGUUGCAUAUUUUAGAAUUGAACUAAGAAUUAAGGUAAUUUCAAUCUUCCCAAGAAUAAUAAGGUUAUGCCGACCUCAUUUUCAGAAUCUAAAGAAAGAAAGGGCAAAAGGAAAAUGCAGAUAAAUGGAGUUGGAAUAUCAUGUCCUUAUGAAUUAGUAAGUUGAAAUGAUACCAGGAAGAGGAAAGAAAUGUAAAUAGCUUUUUUGAAUUAUUAAUUCAUGGAUUCCCAUAGAGAUCAAGACACAGGUUGUCUUGUUCCAACUUUUGUCUGCACUUCCACUAUGCAGUAUAUUCUAUUAGUGUAGCUGCCAAAAAUGCUCAGCAAAAAAGACAAAGCUGUGUAGUCUCUCCUUGUAUAUAUCAAUAUAUUUGCUUUAUCAAUGUAGAGUGCAUUUUAUUCACAUUUCUCCUCCUAAAUCAAGUUUGUGUGCCCCCCCCCCCCCCCCCAGUUAUGGCUUCUGCUUCAUUCCCUUCAACAAUCGGCAAAAGGCUAGAGGGGAAAGUAGCAAUAGUAACCGGAGGAGCUAGUGGCAUCGGUGAAGCAAUUGCAAAGCUCUUCUCUGAUCAUGGAGCCAAAGUGGUCAUUGCUGAUGUCCAAGAUGAACUCGGCAACUCAGUCAGCAACGCCCUCGGAGGCUCAUCCAACUCCAUUUACAUCCACUGUGACGUCACAAACGAAGACCACGUCCAAGAAGCUGUCGACAGAACCAUCGCCACGUAUGGAAAACUCGACAUCAUGAUCUGCAAUGCUGGCAUAUGUGACGAGACCAAGCCAAGAAUCAUUGACAACACAAAAGCAGAUUUCGAACGAGUCCUUAGCAUCAAUGUGACAGGAGUUUUCUUGAGCAUGAAGCACGCCGCUCGCGUCAUGGUCCCAACGCGUAGCGGCUGCAUUAUCUCCACCGCUAGCGUAAGCUCCAUGGUCGGAGCUGCAGCAUCUCAUGCAUACUGCAGCUCCAAACACGCCGUGCUGGGGCUAACCAAGAACCUGGCAGUGGAGCUUGGGCAAUUCGGUAUACGUGUGAAUUGCUUGUCACCGUACGCGAUGGUCACGCCGUUGGCGACGAAAGUCAUUGGGCUUGAAAAUGAAGAGCUUGAGAAGGCAAUGAGUGCGGUUGGGAACCUUAAAGGAGCUACUCUGAGGGUGGAUGAUGUUGCAAAAGCAGCACUAUUCUUGGCAAGUGAUGAUGCCCAGUAUAUCAGUGGGCACAAUCUAUUCAUUGAUGGGGGAUUCACUGUGUGUAAUCCAGGACUUGGCAUGUUCAAGUAUCCAGAAUAUGAUAUUUAAUUUAUUUUUUUAUACAACUAAUGUUGCAUAACAAUAACCACAUAUCUAUUGUAAUUCCACAAGUGGGGUCUGAGGA